GGCUUUUUCAUUUUUGGAAAAUGACCGGAAAAAAUAAUAAUUGAAUCGACCAUUCCAAUAAGUGUUCUGCCGAAGAUCUUACGGAACCUUGGAUGCGUUUUCUUGUGUUGUGAAUCCGGGAAUAAUGAUCCGAUUCAUAUUGUUGCAGAACAGACAAGGCAAGACUCGUCUUGCAAAGUACUAUGUUCCUCUCGAGGAGUCCGAGAAACACAAGGUUGAAUACGAGGUUCACAGAUUGGUUGUCAAUCGCGACUCGAAGUUCACCAAUUUCGUCGAGUUUAGAACGCAUAAGGUUAUAUACAGGAGAUAUGCAGGGUUGUUUUUCUCAUUGUGCGUUGACAUAACAGACAAUGAGUUGGCUUACCUUGAAUGCAUCCACUUGUUUGUUGAGAUUUUGGACCAUUUCUUCAGCAAUGUCUGUGAGCUUGAUUUGGUUUUCAACUUCCACAAGGUGUACUUAAUUCUGGAUGAAUUCAUUCUUGCUGGAGAGCUUCAAGAAACAAGCAAGCGGGCGAUCAUUGAGAGGAUGUCAGAACUGGAGAAGCUUGAGUGAUGAGGUUGGGAGAUUCUAUGAUUGAUAGUCAAGAAUGAAAAUGAGCAGUAUGAGUCUUCCGUUUUGCUCCUUUCUGUUAUGUUCUGCCUACCUUAAACACACCUUUUCAUUUUGAUUGAUUAAAAACCUCUAAUGGUAAACAAAACAUUUAUUUGGACAACUCAAAGAAAGAAUAUGAUGGUCUGAGACAUUGUGUUCA